UGGCAGACGUGGCAGGACCCCUGAGCACUGCAAUGAAGUGUCGUGGGCGGGCGUUGCCGAGGACAAGCGAAAAUGCAAGGGGGUGGUGUUCGGGGACUUGUGACGUGGCUUUCUGUGAAGUUCUGGAGAGGGCAACGGUUAUAAGCGUCAAGCCAGCAACAUCCAUCCGCACACCAUUUCCUCCCUUCCACCAUGGCCGGACACCGUCGUCCAACAAAAUCCCAGUCCCGCCGUUUGGCUUCCUCCCUCUCAUUGGUUUUCCUCGCUUUCCUCGCUCUUCUUUGUCUCUGUCCCGUAGGAGUUCGCGCAGAAGAGCAGGACAAGAACGCAUAUGGAACCGUUAUCGGUAUUGAUCUGGGUACAACGUGAGUUUAUACAGCGAAACAUACAGCGAGGUGGACGUGUGGAAAUCAUCGCGAACGACCAGGGUCACCGUAUUACACCAUCAUGGGUCAGUUUCACAGACGAAGAGCGACUUGUCGGAGACAGCGCAAAGAACGCAUUCCACUCGAAUCCUGAAAACACCGUCUUCGACGCAAAACGUCUCAUUGGCCGCAAAUUCGAUGAUCCUGAAGUUCAGCGCGACAUGAAACACUGGCCGUUCAAAGUCAUCAAGAGGGGUGACAAGCCGGUUAUUCAGAUCAAGCACAAGGGCGAGCAGCGUGAAUUCACUCCUGAGGAAAUUUCUGCUAUGGUUCUGGGCAAGAUGAAGGAGACCGCUGAGGCAUUCCUCGGCAAGCCUGUCACUCACGCCGUCGUCACCGUCCCCGCAUACUUCAACGAUGCUCAGCGUCAGGCCACUAAGGACGCCGGUACUAUUGCCGGUCUCCAGGUGCUCCGUAUUAUCAACGAGCCUACCGCCGCCGCCAUCGCCUACGGUCUUGACAAGAAGGCAGACGGCGAGAGUCAAAUUAUCGUCUACGAUCUCGGAGGAGGAACUUUCGAUGUUUCACUCCUUUCUAUUGACGACGGUGUCUUUGAGGUUUUGGCCACCGCUGGUGACACUCACCUUGGUGGUGAGGACUUUGAUAACCGGGUUAUGGACUACCUGAGCAAGCAGUACAAGAAGAAGACCGGCACCGAUGUGGGCAAGAACCUCAAGGCGCUCGGAAAGCUGAAGCGUGAAGUUGAAAAGGCCAAACGCACGCUUUCGAGCCAACAGUCGACCCGUAUCGAAAUCGAGUCUUUCGAGAACGGCAACGACUUCUCUGAGACGCUUACCCGUGCCAAGUUCGAGGAGCUUAACAUGGACCUUUUCCGUAAGACCAUGAAGCCCGUCGAGCAGGUGCUCAAGGACUCCAACCUCAAGAAGGAGAACAUCGACGAGGUCGUUCUUGUCGGUGGUUCUACCCGUAUCCCCAAGGUUCAACAACUCCUCAAGGAGUACUUUGGCAAGGAACCCUCUAAGGGUAUCAACCCUGAUGAAGCCGUCGCCUACGGUGCCGCCGUUCAGGGUGGUAUCCUCGCUGGUGACGAGAACAUGGCUGAUGUUGUCCUCGUCGACGUCUGCCCCCUUACCCUCGGUAUCGAAACCACCGGUGGUGUCAUGACCAAGCUCAUUCCCCGUAACACUGUCAUCCCCACUCGCAAGUCACAAAUCUUCUCCACCGCCGCUGACAACCAGCCGACGGUCUUGAUCCAGGUCUUCGAGGGUGAACGUUCGUUGACCAAGGACAACAACCUUCUCGGCAAGUUCGAACUUACCGGCAUCCCACCCGCACCUCGUGGCGUUCCUCAGAUCGAAGUCGUUUUCGAGCUCGAUGCAAAUGGUGUGCUUAAUGUAAAGGCCGCCGAUAAGGGAACUGGCAAGUCGGAGUCUAUUACCAUCCGUAACGAGAAGGGUCGUCUUUCUCCCGAGGAUAUCGAGCGCAUGGUGAAGGAAGCCGAGGAUUUCGCCGCUGAGGACGAGGCUCACCGGAAGCGUAUCGAAGCUCUUAACGGUCUCUCGUCCUUCGUCUACGGCCUCAAGAGCCAACUUGGCGAUCAGGAAGGUCUUGGAGGCAAGAUCAGCGAUGAGGACAAGAAGAAGAUCCUUGAUACCGUCAAGGAGACUACUGAAUGGAUCGACGAGAACGGCUCGAGCGCGACUGCUGAGGAGUUGGAGGAGAAACUCCAAGACGUCCAGAGCGUCGUUAACCCGAUUACGAGCAAACUCUAUGCUGGUUCGGGUGGUGAUUACUCUCCGGGAGCGGAUGAGGAGGAAAAUCCUAUUCACUCUCAUGACGAGCUAUAGACUAGGGAAAGUAUAUUAUAUGUAUACACGUAUACGUAGUCGAGCUCCGCGUUGGAUACCAUUACCGACGACGAUGCACGAUGCAUGCAUAGUUGCAUGAUUGGAUGGGUAGAUAAUGAAUUCCUUUUUGUGUUACAGUAAUUAUUAGCAUUUUCAUUUUUUUUUGCGGAACUUUGGGACUUGCGCUGUGUGUGAUUUGGAUAUCGACAACAUGCUGAGUUGUACAACUUCAAAGUGCUUGAGCACGUUU